GCAAAGUAAUCGUAUAGCUCCCAAGAGCAGUACUUAUCAGACACUUCUAGUACGAGAACUUACGUUCAUCGCCUUGACGACUAUUUUUUUACAAAAUGAAAAGUGUAUGGAAAGUAUCCAUUGAAGAAGAGUUCAAGAAAAAUCCAGAAUUAAGGAAAGACGAUUUGCAACAUUUAAGGGAUUGGUAUAAUAAACAGCCUCACUUUCCAAAAUUUAUGGACGAUAAUGGAUUAAUAGUGUUUCUACACAGCAAUUAUUAUCGCCUAGAACCUACAAAAAACACAAUUGAGAAUUAUUUGACUUCUAGAACACACAUGCCAGAAUAUUUCUCUAACAGAGAUCCUUUGGGUUCGAAAGAAUUACGAAAAAUGAUGAACACAAUGUUGGUUUUACCUCUAGAAAAGAAAACUCCAGAAGGAUAUGGAAUUAUUUACAGUAGAUUAAUUGAUUUUGAUCCCAGUCGGUAUGUAUACAAUGACGCUAUGAGACUCUACAACAUGAUUAGUGAGUUGUGGUUACUACGAGAGGGAACUAUGCCAGGGUAUGUCAUUAUCUGUGAUAUUUACGGUGUGCAAAUGGCCCACGCACUUCGUGUACCACCAAUGGGCAUUAAAAAAUGUUUAUACUAUUUGCAAGAGGCAGUGCCUCUCAGAAUUAAAGGCUUACAUUUCUUGAAUACUUCGCCGGUUAUGGAUUUCAUUCUUGGUCUCAUGAAACCUUUUAUGAAAAAGGAACUUAUGGACGUGCUUCACCUACAUUCUAACUUAGAUAGUUUUGGAAAGUAUAUACCUCCAGACGUUUUGCCAAAUGAAAUAGGCGGCAGUGCUGGUCAAAUGAUGGAUCUUUACACUAAGGUUCUCAAGGAUGUUGAAGAUCAUAGGGAUUAUUUCAUUGAAGAAGAGGCAGAGAUGCGAGUCGAUGAGUCAAAGCGACCUGGCAAGCCCAAAACUGCUACAGAUUUAUUUGGUGUUGAGGGUAGUUUCAAAAAGCUUGACAUUGAUUAGAAGCCAACAUUUUAUUUUGUCUCGUAUCUAAUUGUGUGCAGUAUUUUUUGUCAUAAAAUUUUACUUUUAUCUAAUAGUUGACAAAUUUUGUGAUUUACAGUAUUCAAUAAAAAACUUAAAUUCCUAUUAUCACUAUUGGACUAUUUCCAUGAAAUUAUUGCAAUAAUGUACAAAUAAAAAGGUAAAAAAGGGUCCCCCGGUAUAUGUCACAUUCAGAGUGAGAAGUGGAUGCGAGAUAAUCGGCAGGAAAAUUUAUGAACGAGGGCAGUAGUCAAUUUUAGGAAGUUCUUUCAAGUUUCUUUAAGUAUCACCAUUAAAGUAAUUAGGAAAAGUCGUACUUAUAUUUAACAGAUGUGUUUUUAAAUAAAUGAAAAAAAUUUCAAUUAUAAAUGACUAAAAAAAUGUAGUUGAUUCGUUGAGUUCUUACUACUCUCAUCCGAAAUGAGGAAUGAAAAAAUAUAUGAACAAAUUAA